AUGGCUUGCAGUCCUUUCAAUGCGGCACGCGUCUUGCAGCAGUGUGCCAAUGAAAACCAAUCAGCGGUUCCUGAUGAGGCUCGAGCGGCACAGGCCCGAGAUAGUAUUCUGAGUUAUUUCUAUAUGGAUGACCUUCUUGAUAGCAUGGAUACCCCAUCGGAAGCUGCCACCUUAGCUAGAGACAUCACAACAAUAUUGCAACAUGGUCGGUUUAGACUUUGCAAGUGGAACUCGAACGCGGCAGAUGUUCUUUUCACAUGUGGCUUAGGGUCGUCAAGUUCAGAGCUAAAUUUAGGGGCAACUGAUGCGAAAGUGUUGGGCCUGCACUGGGCUCCGAUUACUGGCGAGCUUUUUUUCCAAGUACGAUUAGACGCAAUCAUCCCAGUUGCUACUAAACGACAGGUGUUGAGCGAAGUGGCUAAAAUCUUUGACCCCCUGGGACUCUUGGCGCCGGUAUCAGUGAAGGCUAAGAUAUUGAUGCAGUUGACAUGGGCGGCUAAGAUCGAUUGGGACACACCUCUACCACCCCAACUCCGCGAGAAAUGGCUUAAAUUUCGAAGCGCUAUACCAGCCGUCGCGGAGCUCCGCAUACCUCCGAAAGGGCAUAUGCAGCCGUCAUUUAUGCUCGAAGUAUUGACACUGAUGGGACAGUCCGAGCUGGUGACUGCGCGAACGAAGGUUAGUCCACUGAAAGCUAUAACCAUUCCCAGGUUGGAGUUAUGCGCUGCACACCUGCUGGUUACUACGAUGGUGAAUGCUCGAGAAGUUCUUCAGCUCAGCCAAGACCAAUGCAUGUAUUGGAGCGACUCUAGCAUAGUUCUCUCUUGGAUUCGUAAGUCACCAAGCAAUCUGAUGCAGUAUGUGUCGAAUCGGGUUGCUUACAUCCAGCAGCAUUCCAGUAUUUCACAUUGCCAUCAUAUACGAACUAAGGAUAAUCCCGCCGAUUGCGCCAGUCGCGGCAUAACGCCACAAGCCCUAAGUAGUUUAUCCCUUUGGUGGAAGGGGCCAGAAGUCAUCUACGACCAAAAUUUUUACUGCGGACAACUGCGACAACUCGAUGAUAAGCAACAGCAAGAGCAUGAUGCCGAACUGCGUGUGGUUCGGGCUCAUCUCUGCACCCUGACGACUCCAAGGUUACAAGUACGGAUUGGCUUGGGUUCCAACUCAACAUUCAUCCCACUAGUCGAACGUUUCAGCACUAUUCAACGAGUGUUACAUACCACCGCCUAUGUUCUGCGCUUUCGACCUGCUGGCAAAUCGCACUGGCACACGCCAGUCAUCACGGCUAAUGAAAUCCAGCAAGCAUUCAUACUCCACGGUCGCGAAGCACAAC